GCUCUUCCUUCCACUUCUCUCCAUCCGACAACAGCCAAACGAUUGAUAUUUUCUUUCUCAUCUCCACCCAAAAUAUCAGUCGCCCAUCAUGGCCCCCUCUAACCUCCCUCCGGUUUUCAAUGCCACAUCUCAGGAUAUUGAGAUGCUCUUGGCUGCCCAGUGCCAUCUCGGCUCCAAGAACUUGCAGGUUCACAUGGAGCCUUACCUCUGGAAGACUCGUCCCGAUGGCAUCAACGUUAUCAACAUUGGCAAGACCUGGGAGAAGAUCGUCCUUGCUGCGCGCAUCAUCGCCGCUAUCGACAACCCCGCUGAUAUCUGUGUGAUCUCCGCUCGUCCCUAUGGUCAGCGUGCCGUCCUCAAGUUCGCCGCUCACACCGGUGCUGUUGCUAUUGCCGGCCGUUUCACUCCCGGAAGCUUCACCAACUACAUCACUCGCUCCUUCAAGGAACCCCGCUUGAUCAUCGUCACUGAUCCUCGCACCGAUUCUCAGGCUAUCAAGGAGGCCAGCUACGUCAACAUCCCCGUUAUCGCCCUCUGCGACACCGACUCCCCAACUGAAUUCGUUGAUGUUGCUAUCCCCACCAACAACAAGGGUCGCCAUGCUAUCGGUUUGGUCUGGUGGCUCCUCGCCCGUGAGGUCCUCCGCCUCCGCGGCACCCUUGCUAACCGUGAGACCGAAUGGGACGUUGUUGUUGAUCUCUACUUCUAUCGUGAUCCUGAGGCCGAGGAGGCUAAGGAGCUCGAGGAAGCCAAGGCUCCUGGUGUCGAGGAAAUUGGCGCCGCUGCCGUUGAAACCGGAUUCGGUGCCGAGGGCUGGGAAGCCGCUGGUGGAUCUGCUUUCGCUGCUGCUGCUUCAACUACCGCCCCUCCUAACUGGGAAGCCACUGGUGGCGACUGGGCUACUAGCACUGCCCCUGCUGAGGGCUGGGCAGGUGACGCCCCUGCUGGCGAGACCAAAUGGUAAACGCAAAGAAAAUAUGAUUUCGAUUUGAGUAUAUGAGGGAAUCUGGUGUUGGGUCUGGAAACAGAUGCGAAUCACGACAUUGAGCACUUUAUCCUUGUUCCUGCGACAUUCUUAAGGACCCUUCGCUCACCACCAUUUUUAUUCCCCAUUUCACUUUUUGUCGGAGGAAGAAAAGCCAAAAAAUUUCAAAUAUUGAAAUAAUUAGAUGCGUUUAUUCCAUUUCUCUUUCUUUUGCCCACUAUUUGUCCUGGCGGUGGAAGGCAUCGUGAAACUGUUUGACGGCACUUAUGAGGGAAAGAUAUCCAUUUUGAUUUCGUUAGUCAUAUGGGGGAAGGCCCUGUGCUGCCAAUUAGGGGCGUACUUAAUCGUUGUCCCACUUCCGCUCAGCCAUUUGUUUACCCGGGUAAAAAGAAAAGAUAGCCUUCAAAUUGAAGCUGUUACAACGUAC